GACGAACGCGGAAGUGCGCGAUGUUUACAACAAAGGCUGAAAAUAAUUGAGUUGUUUUAGCUAUACGGUAGAUUUGUAUUAGUCUUAAAAUGGUGCGUUCGUGCGUCUAUCCAGGAUGCUUCAGAAUAAAUAAAGUCUUAAGAUUACGUGAGCUGACAUCAACGGGAGAUGGAAGAUUAACAUUUCACCAAUUCCCUUGGAAGGAUCCAGAGCGAUUGAAGCUAUGGCUGCUCGCUAUUCGCUGGGAUGUAAACACACCGAUGGAAAAAAUCGAGAGAUCCAGGCUGUGCAGUGAACAUUUCACCUCCGAGGAUUACGAGCCAGAGAAGGGAAAGCCAAGACGACUUCUGAAAUCGUCAGCUGUGCCCAUUCCUGCGCUGUUGUUUCAGCCAAAUGAGGAGACAACAGGGGAUCCUAUUGUUUCAGCUCAGCCAAGUCUGGACAGCCCAGCAACAGGCAAAGAUGAGGAGAUAGAGGUCCUGUGUACAUCAGCAUAUAUAGAGGAUGUCCCACCAUCGACUCCAGUCAAACACAGGGACAUUGAACAAUGUGAGUGUAUUGAGGCAGGACUCCUGUUGACGCUAACAAGUCCAGAAUCAGUUGCCAGUAGGACAUGUCCAUCAACAUCUGGGACAUACAUCGCCCUCCCCCCCAUACGUUCCAAUCAAUCAGAUGAGCCAGCACAGACUAAACCACAAUCGGAAGAAAAUAAUCUAGAUAUCAGCAUGCUUUCCUUAGAUUGUCCUUCAGACAAGAAGGACGUAAGUUUUGUUCCAACAAGCUCAACAUCGACCUCAACUGCAGAGGAAGAGAGAGAAGACGAGAUGUGGAAAGAAAGAAAAUGGAUUGUGAAUGAGUCAAAUGUGAUGGGGUUGUUCAAAAGAUGUCAGGAAUGUGGAGCACUAAUUACAGAAACCAAAAAAAUAACGUCAGGGAGCCUCAUCCAAGUGCAGUGGGAAUGUGAAAGAAGACAUCAGGGGCAGUGGAGUUCUUGCUCAGAUGUUCGGGGAAUGCCUUUAAACAAUCUUCUGGUAUCAGCAAGUGUUCUGUUCACCGGAGCCACAUAUACUGACAUUGCUGAUUGGGCUGCGUUGCUGAACUUACAGGUGCCAAAGAAAACGACUUUCUAUACAGUGCAGUCAUCUUACCUCACUCCUGUUGUUGACGCUGCAUACAGAGAAAAACAGACAGCCAUUUUAGACGAAUUACACAUUCAAAAUGCACUCCAGAAGAGAGUGCAUAUAUCAGGGGAUGGGAGAUCAGACAGCCCUGGAUUUUCUGCCAAGUACAAUACCUACAGUCUGAUGGAUGACACAUCUGAUCAAAUUGUCCACUUUGAGUUGGUGCAAGUAACAGAAGCAUCUAGCUCAGUGGCCAUGGAGCCCAUUGGUUUUAAAAGAGGCCUAAACAAAAUUCUGGACAAAGGCAUCAAAGUAGAUGUGGUGGCCACCGAUAGAUCGCCCUCUAUCAGAAAGCUCAUGCGGGUGGAUUAUCCAUUUAUUCGCCAUGAGUUUGACAUUUGGCAUGUGGUAAAGGGGUUAUUGAAGAAAUUGUUGUCCUUGUCGAGAUACAUGUACAACAGAGAUCUCCAGCCCUGGAUCAAGUGCAUCUGCAACCAUUUAUGGUACUCAUGUGCAACUUGUGGAGGUGACCCCGACGACUUGAUCCGGAAAUGGAAGUCGAUACUUCGUCACAUUUGCGGGGAACAUAUUUGGACUCAGGAUGGGAUACAGCACAGAUGUCUCCAUAGUGACCUUAGUCCUGACCAACAGAGACGAAAGAGGUGGCUCAAAAAAGAGUCUCGUGCCUACCAUACACUGGAGACACUUGUCUUGGACAAAGGUCUCCUGAAGGACCUGUGCCAAAUGUCCCUCUUUAAGCAUACAGGCAAGUUUGAAGCUUUCCACUCUGUGCUACUGAAGUACUGUCAGAAGAACCUGCACUUCCACUACUCAUCCAUGUUAGCUCGCACUCAGCUGGCAAUACUGGACCAUAACGAAAAUGUACAUCGUAAACAGGCCACAACCACUUCUGGCGUCCAUCGGUACAAUGUUGUGUUUCCCAAGUGCUCCAAAGAGUGGGAAGCCAGAAAACAGUUCGAACCCACUACACAAACAUUUAGAGAUGAUCUGGUUCGGAAAGUUCUGGAAUGCCGUAAUGACCCAAACAUUAUUUAUAAGGACCAGUCAUCUCAUGACACAAUUCCCAGUCUACCUGCAGAUAUUGCACAAAAACCAGAACCCGACAAAGAAGAAGCUAUUUCAAAGCACCAGUCCUGGUUUACAAAGUAAAGCUCUUGAACAUUUCUGUUUUUUGCACAUGUGAUCUCGUGUCUUAGUAGGAAUUAUGUAGAACAAAGUAUUAUCUGGUCAUCUCUUAUUGCUAAUGUUUUUUUAUUUUUUGCCUUAACUUAUUAUUAUGCUGCAUUUAUGUUGGUUUUAUUAUGUUAAUAUUUAGGUUUUAAUUCAACGGUGGAACGGUGCCAUGUAAAACGUAUUCAGAAACAUUUCCAGUAACGUUGUCUUGUGAAAAAGCACCACAGUUUAAAAAAUAAAAAACAGUAACAUU